AUGGCGUACGCAUCUUGGGUUAUCACUUUAGCGGCAUCCGUUGCCAUCGCCCGAGCCACUACCAUCGCUGAAGUCUGUACCCCAUCUUACGUCCAGUCCUCGCUGGUCUUUGGCAGCCUUAUCAAUGGAAUAGUAAUUGACUCGUCAUCGGUUACUGCCAAUAUAGUCACAGAUGCCUCGGUCAACGGCGACAACAAUUUCCCCGAUGCUGUGUUCGACUACUGCAAUGUCACCUUUGCAUACUCUCACAAUGGAGCAGACGACCAGGUGCAUGUGUGGUACUGGCUCCCAACUCCAGAUACCUUCAAGAACCGAUACCUAUCCACUGGUGGUGGUGGCUAUGCUAUAAACUCGGGUACCGGCUCUUUGCCAGGAGGUGUCACGUAUGGUGCUGUUGCCGGUGCUACUGAUGGCGGCUUCGGAAGUUUCAGUACGUCUUUUGAUCAAGUUUGGCCUCUUGAGAAUGGUACGGCCAACUGGGAUGCGUUAUAUAUGUUUGGUUAUGAAGCCAUCCACGAGCUGAGUGUGAUUGGGAAAGAGUUUACGAAGCAAUUUUUUAGUAUGGGCGACACAAAGCUUUAUUCAUAUUACCAAGGCUGCUCCGAAGGAGGUCGGGAUGGAUGGAGCCAAAUCCAGCGGUUUGGCGAUGAAUGGGACGGCGCCAUUACAGGAGCCCCAGCAUUCCGCUUCGCCCAUCAGCAAAUUCAACAUCUCUGGUCUAAUGUCGUCGAGCAAAAUCUCGACUACUACCCUCCAUCAUGCGAACUGGACAAGAUUAUCAAUGAGACCAUCGCAGCAUGCGACCCAAUGGAUGGUAAGACAGAUGGUGUAGUAGCUCGGACUGAUCUCUGCAAAUUACAUUUUGACCUGAGCUCGAUUAUCGGCAAACCUUACUCUUGCGCCGCAGCACCAGCUUCCCGAUUUUCACCAGCCACUCCGGCGCAAAAUGGUACCGUUACGGGCAAAGGAGUGGCUGUUGCCAAAGGAAUCACCGAUGGUGUGAAAGACACUCAAGGGCGCCAAGUUUAUCUUUCCUACCAGCCUUCCGCUACCUUUGCUGACGCCCAAACGCAAUAUAACUCCGAAACCAAUUCAUGGGAGUUAAGUAUAAGUAACUUUGCAGCCGAGUUUGUGUUACGGUUCGUGGAUAUGGUGGAUAGCUCCACUUUCGCCAACAUUGACGGUGUCACCGGCGAUACGCUCAGGGACUGGAUACUCGAAAGUUGGCAUAAAUACGACGACUCUCUCCAGACAACUUGGCCUGAUCUGACACCGUUCCAUACUGCAGGUGGCAAGGUCCUCCAUUUCCACGGUGAAUCCGAUAACAGCAUUCCGGCCGCUUCGUCAGUACGAUACCACGAAUCCGUCCGCAAGAUCAUGUACCCAGAUUUGAGCUUCAAAGAUGGCAAUACGGCGCUAAACGAGUGGUAUCGCCUCUUCCUCGUCCCCGGUGCGGCACAUUGCAGUCCUAACCCCACUCAGCCCAAUGGGCCGUUCCCUCAGACUAAUCUUGAGGUUCUCAUUGACUGGGUCGAGAAUGGUGUUGCACCUGCCACGCUCAAUGCAACUGUGCUCCAAGGCGAUCACAUAGGUGAGAACCAGCAGAUCUGUCUCUGGCCAUUGAGACCACGCUGGUCUCAAAAUGGAAAGAAGAUGGAAUGCGAGUUUGAUCAGGCUUCCAUUGAUACUUGGCUGUAUGAAUUUGAUGCUUUUAAGCUGCCGGUAUACUGAGAAGGCCAAGUUCAAGUUUUAGGUCGGCAUGACGUCGGUUUGCGGUAUUUGAAGACCACAUCGGCCUUAUUAAGAUAUUGUACAUUCUAGCAGAGAGUUUUAACUAUACUUGUG